AUUAAUUAGCUUCACGCACUUGGUACGAAAGUGCUAAAGCAUUACGAAAGAUUGCAAUAGAGCCAUUACCAAACAUUUCAAGACACGGACAAUGCAAGUCAAGGGAUCUAUUAUUAUUUUGCCAGCUUUACUUGUACUUACAGACGGUAAGUUCAUUGAAUGUUUCAUUUGCAGCCCCAUCAAUUUGACAGUUAUUUCAUGUUAGCUAGCAUCAAUUUCAUCCCCCCGUUACUUCGAACUUAUUCUGCCGUUAAACGGCGAAUGAACAUCCAUGCAAAGGGCUUUUUCUUAUAAUCUCGACAGCUUUUUAGUAAAAAACUGAUGGUAAAUACUAAAAACAUCUACAGUCAUGUAGAGGAUUUUGAUGUCCGGUUUUAGAAAGAUUAAGGGGAUACAGUCGACUCCUUCAAUUCGAACCUUCAAGCUAAGGGAAAUAGAAAAAAGUUCGAGUUAUCGAGUAUAAAAUUGAGUAGAACUGAUACGGAAGGGAAAUGAAAAUUGCUUCGAGUUAGCGGGAUCCAGAAAGGUUUUAUUAGCUCAGUCUAAAUAUUAAGGAUUAAAACAGUGACAGCCCAGACAGCCGCUUGAAGGAAUGUUGACCCUUUAAGCCUUCAUAUCCAUAAACAAAUUCUCUCGACUUAUCUUCUUACCCCGGCGGCCCCCCAGACUUCUUACAUCAGUUUCGUUCGAAUGAUUUAAGAGAAUUUCUUGAAAGACUAAAGCACUUCCCUUUCAGUUUCGACUUGUUAAUGUAUGUAUGGAUAUUGUUAGGAGAAGAUUAAUGUUGGUUACACUUAAAAAAAGAGACACCAAUAUGCAAACCCACCCCGUCCCCCCUCCCCCCCUCCGCCUUCUUUUCCAUGGAGUACUAAAUCUCAAUAUUGAGCUGAACACAGACCGACAUGUUAUAAUAAUAUCAAUUAAAAUUACCUUCAGAGCUGGAUCGAGAAGCUUAUCUUUCCGUCGGUCUGAAAAUAUCAUUCUCUUUCACCACACAGCCGUUUUUAGUGUCGUCACGCAACGCUCCUGAAGAGUAGUUAGUCUGUAUAGCAGACUAACUACACAGUAAAGUUGAGUUCAAAAUGCGUAAUAGGUCACGUUUGGACAAGUACUCUGAUGAAGCUUUAGCCUUCUACUAUUUCUUUAUCAUUAUUUUAUAACUUUUUCGCUUUUUUAGCAUGGCUUUUCUGGUCAAAGAGGGAAGUCUGUUAUGGAAAGUAUGGUUGCUUUCAACGUCAUCCGUUGUGCUAGGUUCAGAUGCCACAGAACCCAUCCAGGAUUGGAACACGAUUUCAUCUUUUUACAAGGGACAACCGCAAUUCAGCUCAGCUCAUUGAUGAUCACAAUAAACACAAGCUCUCUGCUUCUCAUUAUAAGAUUUCAAGGCGGACAAUUUUUGUGAUUCACGGAUUUACAGGUUAGUUUGGGAACCUCUCACCCAGGAGGCCUGGGUCACAGCGUCUUAGAUUCAUCUUUUUUUCGAGAGAGAGAUCAGCAUAGUGCCAAUGGCAAAACGGUGAGAGCAUAGGCACCCCAAGCGUAAUCGAUGAGUACUGAAAUCUAAACGAGUAAAAUUUGUCAAUAAAGUGCAAACAGGGUAACCAUUUACUACCAUUUUAAGGAGCUAUUUCAUGCUAUUUUCUGUUUUAAACAGCUAAAACAAUGAAACUGUUUCCGGUCGUCUGUUGCCACGGGUGAAAAGGAUGGACAUGGAUUGAAUGAAAAAGUUGGGCCAACAUUUUCCGGCAAAAAUCACCCAAAAUAUUUAUCUGUUCUAAGACAAAGUGCUGCCGACAAAAAUUGUUUGAAAGUUUGGUAACCCCACAGGAGUAUUUUGUGUAGAAGUACAGAGCGGAGAGUUGACCUAAAACAGCAAUAUCCUAGUGAGAUAGCCUUUUUAAACUUUUCGGAAAAGCAGAACGCCACGCGCAGAUAAACUUUUUGCACUCUACUGAGGAAUUUAAAGCAUUUAAAUUUUAGUGCUCUCAAAGCUUUGGUCUCCCGACAACUAACCCCAUUUACCACCCUUUAAGAGUGCAACAAUCUGACAGUGUUGUAAUCACUGCACAGAAAGCAUCAAUACCUGGGCCUUAUCAAUGAAGAAUGCACUGCUAAGACGAGAAGACUGCAAUGUGAUUUCGGUGGAUUGGUCGAGUGGCGCCAAAUUCCCGUAUGGUCAGGCAACUGGGAACACUCUGCUUGUAGGAGCGCAGACAGCCGAACUCAUAAGGUUCCUGAUUUCUAGUAGCUCUGGCUCUCCUAAUCGUUUGAUUGAUCGUUUCUACAUUGUGGGGUUCAGUCUCGGUGCUCACGUUGCUGGAUAUGCAGGAAGCUAUUUGCGGGCUCGUGGAAUGAAACUGGCUAGAGUAACUGGUAAGACUGAACUAUCCUGCGAGCAAGCUCUCCAUUUCGAGUGUCGAGCAAAUCAAGCAGCCUAACAACACGCUAGCGGAAGCUGAGGCAGCGAAGGGUUGAGAAAAAAAAGAUCUUUCCAUGGUUCUUCCGCCUCCUCUCGCGUUAUUUCUCACUGAUAUCCCCUAGAUGGAGAGCUUGCUCCCAGUCUAAGCAAAUAAAAAUAAUAAUGAUAAUGAUAAUGACAAUAAUAAUAAACUAUUCAUACGCUAUUGAUAAGUCUUGUUCUAUUAACGGCAUAUAUGCUUAGUGUAUACUGAAAAUUCGUUUUCCUCAGUUACUACUAGUUAACUAUUACCAGUAUAUAUAUUUCUGCCAAAACGUAACUACUAAUUCCCCUGCCACUACCAAAGCUUAUUACCACUAAGACUGCCAUUAUUACUACCUCUACCACUGCCAAGUCCUCCUACUACCGCUGCCAAUACGAGUAUCAUUAUGACCACCACUACCUAUACCGUUACCAAUGCCAUUACUGCGUACCACUACCACCACCACUACCACUACUACUACUACUACUACUACUACUACUACUACUACUACCACUACCACUACCACUACCACUACCACUACCACUACCACUACCACUACCACUACCACUACCACUACCACUACCACAACCACUACCACUACCACUACCACUACCACAACCACUAUCACUACCACUACCACUACCACAACCAUAACCACUACCACUAUCACUACUUCUACCACGAUCACUACCACGACCACUACCACUAUCACUAUCACUAUCAAUAUGAACACCACUAAAGACACCGUUACUAUAACAGUUGCUACAUUUCUGUUAGAUUCCACUCAUUGCUUGUAUAUUUAAUGUUUGUUUGUGGUGGGUUUAACAGGUUUGGAUCCUGCUGGCCUUUAUUUUACUACAGUUAGCUCAGACUUUCGACUUGAUGAAAGUGACGCUUCUUAUGUUGACGUAAUCCAUACGGAUGCAGGAGUGCUCGGCACAAACCGGAGAGAUGGAGACGUCGACUUUUACCCAAACGGUGGCUCUCGACAGCCAGGUUGCCUGUUCAAAUGUAAGUUGAGACGUUCGAAAAAUUCACACCCCUUACUCUUUUUCUUUCUUUCUCUCGCUUUAUUUAUUUUCUUUAUCCCUUUAUUUUCAUGCCAGCUACAUUUGUUUAGUUGCAAAUCCGUACUGAAACCCCUCGCUUUAAAAUAAGCAUUAUUUUCCCAUCCUAUUUUUAUCAGCAGCGAAAAAUUCGUUCUAAUUAAAAUCUGUCAUAGGGCGAAUGAAUGGAGCUUUUCAGGUUGAAAGCGAUUUUGUUUUUGGUUCUUGGUUGCUUUCAAAUGGGUCUCUCCUUUUUCAGGAACGAGUAAACCCGCGAUCAGGCGGUCCUUCUUCCUGUUUUUCUUUGCCCGUCGACCGACUUUUGCGGGCUCCAUUCAUGCAGCAAAAAAUAAAAUAAAAAAUAAUAAAAAUAAAAGCGACGCCUGAUAGCAGAUUAUUAGUAGAGACCUUAAGAUUCGAGGACGAGUUUGAGAUUUGACUGAACGUUUUUUCGCGUAUUCUCAAACGUAAACACCCCUGAAAUCUUCAUUGUACUUUGGAUUCACAAGCCCUCUACGGAUCGCAAACUGAUAAAUUAAAUCUUCUAACAUUUGAUAACUCUUUUCCGCCACUAGACUACGACAUUUUCACUAAAACUCGUAGUUAAAUGACGACGGCUAGCAUUUUUUCCCGCCAAAAUGACGCUGGUUCACAAGCGAGCACUUGUUAGUACUGAGAAAAUCUCGCACUCGUACGUUCUCGUCUUAGAAUUUAAAGGUCUCUGAUGAGUCUCCACUGCCGUGGCGGAUCCAUGGGAGGGGCAGGGGGCCCGCCCCCCUUAUUUUUAGACCAUAAUGAGGCCUGAAGGACCGAAAAAGACUUUUUGGAGACCGGCCCCCCCUUUUCUAAGGGUCUGGAUGAUUGCUCACCCCCUCCCACCGCUUCCCCCCCCACUUCCCCCCCCGCCCCCGCACCUCAUCUCACGGUCUGGAUCCCGGCACUGCACUGUGCCUUUUAAAUGGAAGGCAAAUGCCUUUUCUCUUUUCACUUCCAUCCAUCAGUUCCAUGUGAUCACAUGAGAGCACCCGAAUACUACACUGCCUCGGUGCAAGGUUCCUGCUCAUGGACUGCAUAUCCAUGCGUGAAUUACGCGACCUUUGAACAAAGGAAAUGCCAGGUGUGCGAUGGCGCCUGUCCUAGCAUGGGUUUUGACGCUGACCGCACUAAAAAGGAAGGGACAUUCUUCCUAAAAACAAACAGUAAAGCCCCAUUUUGUGGUAAGUCGGUCUUUCCUAAAUAGCCCUUUAUGUAAGUGGAAGCUAGUUGAGGAUACGAGGAAUCUUGCUAUAUGAUCAAAACGUUUAAGGAAAAAUGCAAAUACAAAAAGCGGCUAAAUGUAAUAAUAUCCAAUUAGUGGUCUAUUAUCGAUGCUGUGCUCUGAUUGGUUGAGCUACCACUAGGCUAUAUGUUAUAGCCCACUAGUAGCGAAAAGCACCGGCUUUAAAACCCAAACAAUGGCAGCUGAAUCCCGUUUUGCCAGAUAAAGUUGUUUUGUCUCAAUAUUUUUGACCAA